AAGAGGUGUUCCUGGACAGCAAAUUUUACUUUUCAUUCAUUGCGUUCCUCAACACAACAUACAUUCACCUUUUCACCUGUCAUGUUUCGUGGUGCAUCCUUUCUUCUGCUUCUUAAUUGGGUCUGCAUUGUCUCAUGGCUCAUCUCUUCCUUCGAUUCCACCACUGCCACUAUUGUCGUUCUGGCAACCAACGAUACUUUUGUGGAUAGGACAGCUGCAUUUGGUCCUAGGAUCCCUGAUGAGGGUAUAGUUCUUAACCUUAUCGCCAUUGAAACCCUUGACCCAUCGCAGGGAACAACAGCUUGUCAUCCUCUUCCUAUUGCACCAUCAACUAACGGCUCCUGGGCAGCACUAGUAGAGCGAGGAGGUGACUGUAGUUUUGUCGACAAGGUACGCAACAUGCAAGCCAGUGGAGCCAAGGCAGUGGUCGUUGGUGACAAUCAGCGUAGUGGACUCAUCACCAUGUAUGCCCGUGAAGACGCGUCUGAUAUUCUUACUCCGUCUGUGUUUAUUGCUCAACACCACUACCGGGAACUACGAUAUUUUGGGAAUCAAUUUGGGAAGGAGUUCCUGAUUAAAUUAACUCCCGAUGACUUAAACUGGCCAUUACUAGAUGUGGUCAUCUUUAUUAUUCUCUCUCCUGCAUUCGUUGUGCUUUUUCUCUAUUUCCUCUGGAGGGUCCGUAUUCGACAACAACACAUUGCGGACUUGGCCUCAUCUGAGGCCGUUACCAACUUGCCAAUCAAGGUUUUUUAUACAAGCAAGCUUAAAGAAAACGAGCCUGUGGAAUGCGUCAUCUGUCUUGAGGAGUUUGAGGAUGAGACCGAGCUGCGCGUCUUGCCUUGUAAGCAUGAGUACCAUGUCGUAUGUAUCGACAGCUGGCUUACAACCCGCAAAAGAUUUUGUCCAAUAUGCAAACGCGAUAUCUGUACAGCAACAGAAUCGACACCUCUAUUGAGAUCAAUCCACAGCAGAUCUUCCAGCAACCGCCACAGUGAUUAUGAAGUCCCAGAAGGUCCGUACAGAGCUGCCUUCUCCGCGAAUAUUCCUUCCCAACCCUCCUCCUCAGAUCCAACCGCAUCAUCCUCAACGUCCUCCUCAUCUGUUUCUGGUGCUCGUAUCGCAUCGUCUUGGCCCUUAAGAACCGCAGGUAUCGGAAGAUCUGGACCAGGAAUAGCUGCAGUUGCUUCUGCGGGCUCACGGGCCAGGCCAUCGAAUGCCUCCAAUUCUGGCGCACCUUCGUCGCAUCUAAGAGAUCCUUCUAGUGAUGAUCAAGUCUUCUCUGGGAUCUAACGCCCAUCUUACGAAAACAAUGUAACCGUUGCUGGCCGUAGAUUUUAUCAUCAAUCCGCCUCAAUAGCCUGUGUAUUAUGCGUUAAAUAAAUAAAUAAACCA